AUGCAGCCGUGGACCUGCUUGGCUUGGUUUAUCUUGCUCGGGUCGUCGAAGAUCUUGACCAGGCUCCCGAAGGUGACAGCCACGGGCCAGACUCCAAUGGCGAUCAUCUUCCUGAACAGCAGAAAGGCGGCUUCCUUGAACUUAUCCUGCUGGCGUUGACUCGCAAAGGCGGAGAUCAUGGUCGUCCAAGUCGCCGCGUCUUUGUGGGGAGCAAGGCCAAACACUUUCCUGGAGCCCUCGAGGUCGCCGCAUUUCCAGUAGAGGUCGAUGACAGAAGCCGCCAUGAAAGAGUCAGACUCAAACCCGAGCUUGACUGUGCUACAGUGGAGCUGAGCCCCCGUCCUCAGAUCGCUCGCACGGCUGCACCCUUUGAUGACAUUCCCAUGGGCCACUCUGCACCAGAAGGAGUCGUCUUCUUCAUCGCGACGCCCUCCAUUGGUACAUCUCAUCGCUCUCAACAUCGUCACCGCCUCUUUCAACUGCCCAACCUUUGCGUACCCAGAAAUCAUCGUAGACCAUGAGUCAGGAUUAAGCAGGGGAAUUUCGUCGAACAGCUUGCGGGCGUCAGCGGUGGCCGACUCUGAUGCGUAGGCGUGUAUCAGAUGAUUGCAGAGGAAGAAUGAAGAGCUGAGGAAGCCGGCCUUGACGGUGAUCCCGUGGGCGGCGGCGGCGGCGGCGGCGGCGGGUCGGCGUCGCAGGUAGAAGCUGAGCUGGUCGAGUCGGCGGGGCUGAGCUUGGGAGGGCAUGGCGCAGGGUCGCGUCCUCACAAGUAGUGUCUUCCAUGUCUGCGAAGAGAAGGUAUCAUGCAGAAGCUUGGACGGGUUCGAGAAUGGCGAGACUGCGAGGACGACGGAGGUGCGGGGAGGUCAGUGCUCGCUGCAUUCGGGGGGAGAGAGAGAGAGAGAGAACCGUAAGGCGUUUGGGGGGGUUGGGGGCACUACUUUCAGGAGAUUUUAUUAUUUACAUUAAAAAUGUAGUCAAAACUGGGAACAAGCCUCUGUAAUCAUAUUCACUACACUCAACUAGAGUUGACUAAAAUUAUUUUAAUACAUUAACGUAUCAUAUAUUUUCUCUUGUAGUCCAAGAUACAUGGGUAGGACUUCCCUGCAUUAAAAUAAUUUCAAAUGAAAAUAUUAUUUACCCGCUUGAGCUCACUUAUGCACAAGUUUUUAUUUUCAGAUGCCUAUAAAUUAAUAAUUAAUUUGAAAAAUGGCUUUGUAAUUUAAACCCCCAUUUAUGCAUGUUUUGAAGCUGAUUCCAUGUUAGUAAUUUAGUCUUUUUUUAAUAUAUUUGACGUCAUUAAUCCCACCUAGAUAUAUGUAUUGAAAUGAGUUGAAUAAUUUACUAGUAUAAACUUAUUUUUUGAGAAGUAGCUGA